AUGGUCCAUACAACCAAUGAUGAAGGCCUUCCUCACUUUUCUGAGGUAUUAAGACUUCAGGCUGACAUGGAGAAGAGUUUUACCUAUCUGGCAAGGGUGCCACAAGAAGUGAAGGACCAAAUCUUAGCUGAGAUGCACUUUGUGGUUGCUGAGCUCUCAUUCAAGUACUUAGGGGUUCCUCUAUCCUCCAAGAAGUUGAAUAUUCAGCAACGUAUGCCAUUACUGGAAAAAAUGGUGGCAAGGAUCAAAUGUUGGUCCACAAAUUUCCCCUCUUUCAGUGGUAGACUACAACUCAUAAAGAGUAUUCUUUUUGAGAUGCAAACACAUUGGGCUUAG